GAAGAUCUCGUGCAAGCCUUUGGGACAGAUGACCAAACAGAAAUUUGUAAGAUGAUUUUAUCAAAAGGGGAGCUGCAGGUAUCGGACAAAGAACGACACACACAGCUGGAGCAGAUGUUUAGAGACAUUGCGACUAUUGUGGCUGACAAAUGUGUGAAUCCCGAAACAAAGAGGCCAUACACAGUAAUCCUGAUCGAAAGAGCCAUGAAGGACAUUCACUACUCUGUCAAACCACACAAGAGCACCAAGCAGCAGGCCCUGGAAGUGAUCAGGCAGUUAAAGGAGACCAUGCAAAUUGAACGUGCUCACAUGAGGCUGCGAUUUCUUCUUCCAGCAAAGGAGGGGAAGAAACUGAAAGAGAAGCUCAAGCCCCUGAUUAAAGUUAUUGAGAACGAAGACUUCCACGAACAGUUGGAAAUUGUGUGCCUUAUUGACCCAGGCUGCUUCAGAGAGAUUGAUGAGCUGAUCCGGAGUGAGACAAAAGGGAAGGGAACGCUGGAAGUGCUCAGUCUGAAAGACGUGGAGGAAGGAGAUGAGAAGCUCGAAUAACGAAAACCUUCCUGGCACAGUUCUACUUGAACAACAUCCUACGAAAUGACUGGUGUUAGCCACUCUCUUCUGUUAGGCCUUCAUGGUUUUUCCAGUCUCUUGCUGCCAAAUAUUUUCUGACACUAAUCCUUUGGGAUUUUUCCAUGCAGCGUGGGUUUUUUUUAAUCGCUUUACACUUGUUUGGUUUACAGAUGGGUUUUCCUGUAGGAACAUUUGGUGUCAGAGUUGCACUACUGAGGAUUGAGUUAAGACUCGAUAUAGAAGUUACUCUUGCUUUGGU